AACAAGGUGCUGACGGUGGAUGGGGUGAAGGUGAAGCUGCAGAUCUGGGACACAGCUGGGCAGGAGCGAUUCCGCAGCGUCACCCAUGCUUACUACAGGGAUGCCCAUGCACUGCUCCUGCUCUACGAUGUCACCAACAAAGCAUCCUUUGACAACAUCCAGGCCUGGCUGACAGAGAUUCAUGAAUAUGCACAGCAGGACGUGGUCCUCAUGUUACUGGGGAACAAGGUGGAUUCAGCCCAGGACAGAGUGGUGAAGAGGGAAGAUGGGGAGAAACUUGCCAAGGAGUAUGGAGUGCCCUUCAUGGAGACCAGCGCAAAAAGUGGCCUCAAUGUGGAAUUAGCAUUCACAGCCAUUGCAAAGGAGCUGAAGCACAGGUCCAUGAAGCUGCCCAACGAGCCCAAAUUCAAGCUCCACGACUACGUGCAGAAGGAGGUUCGAGGCUCAGGCUGCUGCAGGUCCUAA